AUGAUCAAAGCAAUCAAGGCAGCGCAAGGCUUGGACUCCACGGGCAACCCGACGGUCCAAGUCGACCUGACUACUGAACAUGGCGUCUUCCGUGCUAUUGUCCCCUCCGUAGCCUCGACCGGAGCCAGCGAGGCCGUCGAGCUCCGAGAUGGCGACCCAUCCAACUAUGGUGACAAGAGUGUGCACAAAGCUAUCCACAACUUCGAGAGCGUCAUUGGCCCCGUGCUGAUCGAGAGCGGACUUGGGGUUGAGAAGGACCAGAGAAAGAUCGAGGAGCUGCUCAUCGCCUUGGACGGUACCAAGAACAAAGCCAAUCUCGGCGCCAAUGCUAUACUGGGGGUCAGUAUGGCUUGUGCACGCGAAGGGGGCGGCUGCCGCGGUGAGCGAUAA